UGGGCAAGAAUCGUUGCAGCAAUUUUCGUGAGGCAGGGAGUGAAGGUGUAUCUCUUUCCUGACAUUUGUCCGACGCCUUUCGUUGCGUACGGAGUGAAGCAUUUCGGGACCUGUUGUGGUGUCAUGGUAACAGCGUCACACAAUCCGAAGGAUGACAACGGAUAUAAGGUGUACUGGGAAAACUCUGCGCAGAUUUUGCCACCACACGACAAGAAUAUCCAGCAGAGUAUUCUGGAAUGUUUGGAACCUUUGGAGUCGUCUUGGGAUCUGUCCAUUCUUGAGCAAACGAACCCUCUCCUUUUGUCACCUUUACCUUCGUUGGAGGAAACGUAUUUCUCCCGUCUGAAGGAAUCCAUGAUCGAUUUGUCGAAGAAUUCAGAUUCUCCCCUUAAGUUCACAUUCACCCCGAUUCAUGGCGUUUCGCAGCUCACCAUGGUCAGAGCAUUUGAGACCUGUGGAUUCAAACCAUUCGUUGAGGUUCCUGAGCAGAAAGACCCGAAUCCGGAUUUCCCCACAGCUCCGUUCCCGAACCCGGAAGAAGGGAAGACAGCUUUGGCUUUUGCAUUCAAGAACGCAGAUGCAGCCGGAAGCACUGUAAUCCUGGCUAAUGAUCCGGAUGCCGAUCGAAUGGCUGUCGCUGAAAAAACGAAAGAUGGGUCGUGGCGAAUUUUCAAUGGCAACGAAAUUGGAGCUUUGCUUGGCCACUGGUUGUGGCAGUGUUAUAAAAAGAGGCAUGCCGAAGUUAAUCCAGCUGACGUUUACAUGAUCGCAUCUGCCGUGUCAUCUAAAUUUCUGGACGUGGUUGCUCGAAGAGAAGGUUUCAAUUUCAUGGGUAAUUUUUUGCAUGAAACGCUCACGGGAUUCAAAUGGAUGGGGAACAAAGCUGAGGAGCUCAUAACAGCUGGGAAAGUCGUGCUUUUUGCGUACGAAGAAGCGAUUGGGUUCAUGUCAGCGGUGCCACCGCUGGACAAGGACGGAAUCACGGCAUGUAUGAAAAUGGCGGAACUGGCUGUGAUGGCGGAUCUGUUGGAGGGCAAAACCCUGGCCCAGAAACUCGAAGACUUGUACAUCGAAUACGGCUAUCAC